GUUAGAGAUAUCCAGUGGUCAAGGUGCAUAUACACACUGUUCUACAUCAGAGUUGUCGGGAACAAAGUUGAAAUCUUAUCAUGGAGCUAAAGCGUUUAGCAGCCUUGGUUUGUGCAUCAUUCAGGAUUUAUUUGCAAGAGAUAGCGUUGGGAAAGUGAUGGAAAGGCGCAAUCUACAUCCAAAGAACCUCGACAUGUUCGAUCAACCAUCUCUUGAGCUGCAGUUUGAUGGUGCUGUGUACGCCAUGCUGAACAAGGAAAUAGCAGAGAAAACUGCGGCAAAUUUGCAGGACUAA